AUGGACGUCGCCACCUUCGGUUCUACCAGUUCGCCAGCAUCGGCACAGUUUGUGAAAAACAAGAAUGCCGUUGAGUUCGCUGACCGUUUCCCUCGAGCUGUCGAAAGUAUAGUGAAGAAUCACUACGUUGACGACUUUCUCGACAGCUUCGAAAACGAAGAAGAAGCGGUGCGCGUGUCCCAGGAGACCAGCUUUAUCCACCUACAUGGAGGCUUUCAGCUUCGAAACUGGCUGUCGAACAGUGCUGAGUUGUUGAAGGAGAUGAAGGAGGAAGGUCCGAAUGAUAGUAAAAGUUUCUGUUUAAACUCAGCGGAAGGGACUGAUCGAGUGCUGGGAAUGUUGUGGCUGACAGUGAAUGACGAAUUACGAUUCUUUAUGAAAAUGAAGGACGAGAUCCAGCUUGUGAUCGACAAAGGAGAACGCCCAACAAAACGGCAACUUCUGAAAUGCCUGAUGGGAGUCUUCGAUCCACUAGGACUUCUGAGUGUGUUCCUGAUUCACGGCAAGAUUUUGCUCCAAGACGUAUGGCGAGCCGGCUUGUUGUGGGACGAGAAAGUACCGGAAGACAUCUUCGACCGAUGGACCAGGUGGACAGAGUUGUUUCCGGAGAUUGAAGACCUACGGAUCUCACUGUGCUACUUCACCAGAGCGACUGCAGACACCUACAAAGCUCUUCAACUUCACAUCUUCGUCGACGCGAGUGAAGCCGCGUUUUCCGCCGUAGCCUACUUCAGAACGGCCAAAUUUGAGAGUGAAGCUGAGUGCUCGUUGGUUGCUGCAAAAACAAAGGUUGCGCCACUGAAACCGCUCUCGAUUCCGCGUUUGGAGCUGCAAGCAGCGGUCUUGGGGAGCCGUUUAAUGACAACCGUCUUGGAGAGUCACACCGUUGAAGUGAAGCGAUGCGUUCUCUGGAGUGAUUCCGCAACGGUACUGGCCUGGUUACGGGCCGAUCAUCGUCGUUAUAAGCAAUAUGUGGCGUGUCGCGUUGGAGAACUGCUAUCAAUAACUGAGGUUGCACAGUGGCGCUGGGUCCCCAGUAAAUUAAAUCCCGCGGAUGCGGCUACGAAAUGGGGCAAGAAUCCGUGUCCUGGAACUGGUGACGUCUGGUUUAAAGGCCCGGAAUUCCUUCAACAACCCGAGGAGAACUGGCCCAAGCAAACAACAACUUCUAUUCCUCCAGAAGAGGAGCUCCGACCAUGCUACAUAAUACAACAAUCGCUUGUCCCUGAAGCUAUCGUGGAGUUUACCCGCUUCUCCAAAUGA